AGUCUGUAACCUGAAGGGUAUGUAACCUGAAGGGUAUGUAACCUGAGGUACCGCUGUAGUUCUGUACUGACUAAGGCUGACUUUGUUGCAAUGGGCCAAGUUUGGCUACUGCCCUGUAGUUGAUGGCUGAGAAAAGCACUACUGCAACCCCAUAUUGGCUGUGUAAACACUCUUGUGCCUUUUGAUGUAGAAACAUACUGUCCUGAGUAUACAUGUGAUCUUUUACCCCAUAGUACUUUGUUGUGUGUCCAAAGCCGUGAUGGUUUAUGCUUCCAUGUUUCUAGCGACUUAAAUAAUAUAUAGAACUCUUAAAAGCUUUUUGUAUGCUGCUUUGAUAUUUAAAAAAUCCUCAGUUGGACACUGAUGCUCAGAAAUGUGCCUGAGCGUAUGCCCUGUUUCAUUCACUUGAAGCAGGAAUAGUAACAAUUGGGUCUUGGAAGAUACAAUAUUGAGAUUGGUUGAUCAAGCUGCCCUUGUUUAAUGUUAAUUGAACACCCAACUACUUUGAGACACAGUAUGUCAUCACCAUAAUACUGUAUGUGGCGUAAUUACUAAAAUCUGAAGUGGGUUUGUUUUCUGUGUACACAGUGGGGUUUUUUGUUUUCAGAUUCUUUUAUUUGAUGGUGCCUUCCUAGAAUUCCCAGUCUGCUCUUUUUAAAAUUCUCUGGAGUUCAAUUAACACACACACACACACUCUGUGUAUGUAUAUAUAAUAUAUGCCAUGUUAAUGGCUGCUCUGCUUCUUUGGUUUUCCUGUCCCAUUGACAACCUUCCAUAAUCAUGGAAGGAGACCCCAAUAGAACAGCAGGCUCCCUGCCAUAGACAGUUGCCCUCUAGUUCAUUGGAGGGAGCAGAGUAGACCAGCACGUUCGCCCCCUCAUCCCCUGAGGAAAAAGAACACCUGAAUAGGUUUUAUGUUGUGCAUUGUUUGCAGUGGGAGAAGACCAGCUUGUGGCGCUUGUGACAAGACUUUUGUACAUGGUGUCUUGUCAAUAAAAUUACAUUGGACCUGGCAUGCGGCAUAGCAAGAUGGCCAUGCCCGCUUGCCUUGCACAGGAUGCUAUUUUGGUAAUAAGCUGUCCAGUGUGCUGUUGCUGAUAGGUGUAUUUUUAGAAGUGGGGUGCCAGGUUAUUAAAUCCUGUGGCUGAAAUAAUUCUCAAGAGUGCAGAUGCUUCUUGCUCCUUAGCAAUUUUGUGUGUGUGGUUGAGACUCCUCUUUACGCAAUGUGCAUGACUCAGAACAUACCUCUACAGGAAAAUUUAGAUUUUGCUAUAGUGUUUAUGCAAAAUAGCUUCAAUCCUCGGAAUACUAAAUUGAGACCAAAUCAACUUGAGUUUUUAGACCUUUGGGAUUUUUGCAGUGAUGUUGUAUAUGUCUGUGAAAGGACAAUGCCCAAUGAAUUGAGCUGAAUUAACAUUGCAGCCCUUUGCAGUCUUCUGGAGGGUAAUUCUGUUGAUGUGACUUGGUCUUCUUCCCAAGUAUGUGGGUACUUGCUGCAACCUUAGAUGGUUUGUCAUCUGUUCUGGCUGCCAGUGUAUGCAAUGCUUUAUAAGGCUCGUGGCAUCUUUCUUUGAAACAGCUACGUCUUUCCUAAAAUAAUCUUUCAAAUGUGAUCAUUGAAUAUGUAUCGAAAGUGAACCUUUCUGAAAACAGAAAAUGGAUUCAUGCAAUUGAAUUGAACUCCUGUGGACAUGUAUGGUCAUGUUUGCUAUCUCUAGCGCUCUUGAAGAGAGCAGGAAUGGAUUUUUCAUUGCAUGAUCUACAUAAUAAUUGGUGACUUUUAGACAGGUAUCUUAAUUCAGUUUUCCAGGUUUUUGGACGAUCGUGCAAUCCAAUAAACUUACCUUGGAGUAAGUAUCCUUAAACUCAGUGGGGCUUACUUUUGAGUAGACCUACAGGGGAGUGCGCUGUAUGGGUUGAUCUCACACAAACAUAUUUAAUGUAUUUUGUGUUUUUGAUGACCUGCAUCUACUGAUAAAAGUUUGGGAAAUGGCUUUUGCUUUGUGUAGAUUAGCUAGCCGUUUAAUCAGCUCUUUGGUCUGCUCAAAUUGCUAUGUAAAAAUGGACUAGGAAAUUGUCUGUUUCGCUUCCUUGGUUUCAUAGCCACGUGGCAUUAGUACCCCAGGGAGUUAACUGAUGCUUAUCCCAUUAAGAUAGAAUGGUUCAGCAUUUAUUUUGGGUCAUAGAGUAGUGGUCAUUUCGUUGAGAAUCUGGCUCUAAAAUUGUAGGUGGAUUAUGACACCACCAGCAGUGUAGGGCUUGUAGUGUUGUUUGGUCUCAGUUUAUUUUGCUAGGAUACAGAGAUGUCUUCUCAGGUGUGCCAGAACUUCCAUGCUGACUGUGAAGCUACCUUGAACCAGCUGGUGAAUCUGGAGUUGAAUGCUAGUUAUGUUUAUCUGUCUAUGUCCUACCACUUUGACCGGGAUGAUGUUGCCUUGUGUCACAUGGCCAAGUUCCUGAAGGAGCAGUCCGAAGAAAAGUGGGAGCAUGCAGACAAGUUCCUGAAAUACCAGAACAAGAGAGGGGGGCGCAUCUUGCUGAAGGACCUCAAGAAGCCAGAGAAGGACGAGUGGGGCAACAGCCUGGAUGCCCUGCAGUCUGCCCUGCAGCUGGAGAAAAGGAUGAACCAGGCCUUGCUGGAUCUGCACAAGCUGGCAACAGAGAAGGGAGACCCUCAUCUGUGUGACUUCCUGGAGUCUGAGUUCCUGGAGGAAGAGGUGAAGGUGAUCAAGCAGCUGGGAGACCACCUCACGAACCUGAGGCGCCUGGGACUGCCCCAGAAUGGCACAGGGGAGUACCUGUUUGACAAGCUCAGUUUGAAGAGCAGCAGCUGAAUCCUCUCAUCACUUUAGAAACAGAGAAAAGUCAAGUUUGUUUAGUGUAAUGUUC